UCACGCAAACAUGGCGGUUCUCUGAGAGAUUCGCAGAGUUUUGAUAAACAUUCACUUUUAAUCAAAUAAAUGCACCAAAGUUUCUGUAUUAUAUGAUGUUUAGCACACGUUUGCAGAGACGUGCAAAACUAUAAACGAUCUACAUUAUUCGAGCAUCGGAUUCAUGUUUAUAAAUGUCGCCAAUAUUCUCAUCAUCCUAAACGAAGACUUGUUCAACACGAACAGGAAUAACUCCAGGUGUUUCAACUGAGAUCUGCGGGAUAAAACAUUGUAAAAUGAUGUUUAUUAAAGAAGAGAGUGAGGACAUGAGUUAUCCAGAAUCAUGCAGUUCAAAUGUCAUGAAAAAUGAAGAUACUGAGGAACAAAGAGAUCUGAUGGACGUGAAAGUGGAAAAUCAAGAACUAAAUGAAGUUGAAGAGAAACACCAUCCGGAUCAGACACUUCGUGAUUUCAUAACUGGUGAAGAAUCAUUUAUUGGUUCAACGCUUGCAGGAAUAACUCCAGGUGUUUCAACUGAGAUCUGCGGGAUAAAACAUUGUAAAAUGAUGUUUAUUAAAGAAGAGAGUGAGGACAUGAGUUAUCCAGAAUCAUGCAGUUCAAAUGUCAUGAAAAAUGAAGAUACUGAGGAACAAAGAGAUCUGAUGGACGUGAAAGUGGAAAAUCAAGAACUAAAUGAAGUUGAAGAGAAACACCAUCCGGAUCAGACACUUCGUGAUUUCAUAACUGGAAUAACUCCAGGUGUUUCAACUGAGAUCUGCGGGAUAAAACAUUGUAAAAUGAUGUUUAUUAAAGAAGAGAGUGAGGACAUGAGUUAUCCAGAAUCAUGCAGUUCAAAUGUCAUGAAAAAUGAAGAUACUGAGGAACAAAGAGAUCUGAUGGACGUGAAAGUGGAAAAUCAAGAACUAAAUGAAGUUGAAGAGAAACACCAUCCGGAUCAGACACUUCGUGAUUUCAUAACUGGUGAAGAAUCAUUUAUUGGUUCACCGCUUGCAGUCUUGAUCCCUAAAGCAAAAACAACUGUGGAGUCAUGCCCGCUGUGCCUACGGAUGUACUCUCAACUGAGCCAGCAUCUUCGUGUCAUGCACAACGUAAAGAACAAGAAGGAAAGGAAGCUGCUGUUGGCACUGGAGUCGGGACGGAUCAAUGUCCGUGAAGGACGUUGCCCUAUUCCAGGCUGCGGUAAAGACACAACCAGGUUAGACCGGCACCUCCGUACCCACAGUGAGCUCUCAAAAGUGGCUCAGAAUGAUGCAAUGAUGCUCUGCAAGAGAAAGAAGAUCCUCUCUGAACUGGCUUCACUCAGGGCAUCUGAUCCAGAGGUGCCCAUGGUGUCCACCCUUGAUUUGGAGGAGGACAGACCCGUGUUGGAGGAUCCUGAAGUACCUUUGGACUCAGAGGAGGAGGAGUGCAGCAACACAACCUGUAAGCUCCAAACCCAAAAGUUGACCUCACAGGUGGCAGACUUAAAUCUCCAGGUCGACACACUGACAGAAGCGCUGCAAAAUGUCACCCGCCGGUACCGGUUGCUUAAGAGGAGGUCAUCUGCCCAGGCUUCUACCAGGAUAGGCCGGGUAACACAAAGACUCCUCUCCUCUCUCAGGCCUGACGAGAGCGAGAGAGACUGCUCGGUGGGUGCAGAGACUUCCAUGUCUCCCAGCGUGCAGCCCUCAUUCAGCAAGGAGCCCCCCAUCGGCGAGCAGCCCUCCACCAGCCAGCAGGCCCCCACAAGCGAGCAGCCCUCCACCCAGCCCGGCCUAGAGCAAAAAAAAGACCCUCAUUACCCUGAACACAUGGCAGCACUGAAUGAGCUCCUUGAGGAAUACAGGAGGCAACAGGAGGGUCCAGACCCUUCCUACAAACUGAAGGAGAACGUCAGUGGUAAAAUCUACAUGAUAAAAAAAUUCAUUGCCUUCAUGGCGCAAGGCAAGGAGAAACUUGACAACCUCGUCUUCCUAAACAAGAUGGCCAGUAUACGGGCGUGGAUCUCCUCCCUCCGGCAAGCCAAAAUCAAGGAGACAACCAUCCAGCACUAUGUCUUAAAUGUAGCCCAGUUUAUGAAUUACGUCAGAGACACCCCUCCACUGAGCUGCCGCCUCUCGAAACAAGUCCUUGUCAGGAUCCAGCGGGAGCUAAGGGGCCUGUUGAAAUCCAUAAAAAGGGGCGUGGCCUUGCAUCAGAUGUCAAUGAAGCAAGUUAAAGUGUCACGGGUGCUCAGCAAAGUGACUCUUUCGAAGUGCCGGAGUCUGGCAAAGCAGGCCAUCCCCAAAAUCCUAGCCCUCCUGGAGAGCGACCCCACCCCCAAGCUGCAAUGGAAGUUUUACGGACACUUUGUGGCUUUUCUGGCCUCCAUCUAUGGUCACCGGGGUGGAGUUUACCAGAAUAUGACCAUCAAGGAGGUGAAGGGAGCGAGGAAAUCCACCUCCGAAAAGGCCUACCUGAUCAACAUAAUAUCUCACAAAACCAAUCAGGGCCUGUUCGGGCCUGUCCAAAUUGCGCUUUCAGAGGAGGAGUACGAAUGGACACGGCACUUCCUGCGCAUUAAGGACAUGCUGCCGGGCGGGACGGAUGCAACAUUUUUCUUUUUUACAUCCAGACCGAACCCGUGCAAAAAUUUGAACAACUACCUUCAAGAAGCCUGGAAAUCAAUGGGCCUGCCUGGGUGUCCAACAUUUACAGACCUCCAAAACUCCAUCGCCAGCCACGCAAAGUACACACACACUGCUGACAACCGCAUGAAAAUUGCAAAGUUCAUCUGCCAUGACUUCGGGACGGUGGAUAAAUUCUACCCCAUACAUCUAAAUGCCAAGCAAGCCAUGGAGAACCGCAGGUUCUUCGAGGCCGCAUUGGAGGGUCCCGAAUGUUCUCCCGUAAAAGAGCAGCAUCAGCAGAAGCGGAAACGACAAGGCCAGAUGGCAGAUCGCCCCUGCAAGCGCUUUCAGCCAGAGGGCUCACCAGCUGCCUCCCCUGAUCGGUCCAUCACUUCGGGCAGCACCACCCCUGAGGAGAUUGUGGUGAAGUACCAGGAGUCAGAGGUGUCCAGCAUCGAGUCCAGCGAGGAUGCAGAUGAGGGGUCGGAGCCCAGUGGGGUAGGCCAGGCGUCCGAGCCUAGCAGGGAAGGAGAGGUGUCAGAGACCAACGGGAAAGGCGUCGGAGGCCAACGGGAAAGGUGCGGCGUCGGAGGCCAACGGGAAAGGUGAGGCGUCGGAGCCCGCCGGGUAAGGCCAGGUGUCAGAGCCCACCGGAGAAGGCCAGACAUCUGAGCACAGUUCACCCAGCCAGUAAAAGGUAUCCAGUAAGAAGAGGACGCCCUUUUGUUGUCCUUUCUCCAAUCAAGUAUGCACUGAAGAUGAGAUUUAAGCCAAGCCGGAUCUCCUCUAUCAAGAUGAAAAAGGGGGUGGUCUCUAAGGCCCAAACGGUGUUGGGUCUGAACCAGCACAAGCUGGUGGACGCCAAAGUGAAGCGUGCUAUUAAAAGGUGCCGUGCCAGGAAAUAAAUGUGGAUUUUGCUUUAACUUUCUGUGACAUUGGCAGACUGAAAUCUCAGGACAUUGUCACCUGUUUUUAGAGACAUGUCUUCAAAUGGAUGCAUUGGACAACCAUUUGACUUGAAAUUUUAAAAGUUCCACUUUUUGUUUUUCAACUUCUGUUUGCUAUGUUUGCUAUUGUGUUACAGAGAAAUAUUUUUUUGUCUGGUCUCUUAUUUCUGAUAGUGUGUUGAUAUUUUAACUGUUCUGGUGUGUAAUUGAGUGUUCUUAUAAAUAUUUUUUUCAUUUUUGAAAUUUGAGCUUCUAGUCCUAUCAUUUUUCCCCUGCAAUAGUGGUAUUUAUUGUUGGUUUUAAAUGCAAUUUUAAGGUGUGCUUUUAUGUGACACUCCAACAUCCACAUUGGAGCCCAAACAGAACCAGUUACAUUAAGUUACAUGUGAAAAAAAAAAGAACUCAUUAUUUGCACAGAAUUGCUUGUACACUGAGCUCCUAUUUGGUGUCUAUCCAAUAAGUUGCAGGUGGGAUGCUGUUUUGGACUUUUUAUGCAUAGGCUGUCCAACCUAUAACUUACUGAACAGGCCCCGAUUAGGAUGCCCGUGGACAACUCAUUUACAUUACAUAUAGUUGUGCUCAAAAGUUUGCAUACCCUGGCAGAAAUUGUGAAAUUUUGGCAUUGAUUUUGAAAAUAUGACUGAUCAUGCAAAAAACUGUCUUUUAUUUAAGGAUAGUGAUCAUAUGAAGCCAUUUAUUAUCACAUAGUUGUUUGGCUCCUUUUUAAAUCAUAAUGGUGACAGAAAUCACCCAAAUGGCCCUGAUCAAAAGUUUACAUACCUUUGAAUGUUUGGCCUUGUUACAGACACACAAGGUGACACACACAGGUUUAAAUGGCAAUUAAAGUUUAAUUUCCCACACCUGUGGCUUUUUAAAUUGCAAUUAGUGUCUGUGUAUAAAUAGUCAAUGAGUUUGUUAGCUCUCAAGUGGAUGCACAGAGCAGGCUAGAUACUGAGCCAUGGGGAGCAGAAAAGAACUGUCAAAAGACCUGCGUAACAAGGUAAUGGAACUUUAUAAAGAUGGAAAAGGAUAUAAAAAGAUAUCCAAAACCUUGAAAAUGCCAGUCAGUACUGUUCAAUCACUUAUUAAGAAGUGGAAAAUUCGGGGACCCCUUGAUACCAAGCCAAGGUCAGGUAGACCAAGAAAGAUUUCAGCCACAAAUGCUAGAAGAAUUGUUCGGGAUACAAAGAAAAACCCACAGGUAACCUCAGGAGAAAUACAGGCUGAUCUGGAAAAAGAUGGUGUGGUUGUUUCAAGGAGCACAAUACGACGAUACUUGAACAAAAAUUAGCUGCAUGGUCGAGUUGCCAGAAAGAAGCCAAUGCCACAAAAAAGCCCGGUUACAAUAUGCCCAACAACACCAUGACACGCCUCACAGCUUCUGGCACACUGUAAUUUGGAGUGACGAGACCAAAAUAGAGCUUUAUGGUCUAUUUAUGCCAAGACGAAUGGGCAGCUAUACCACCUGCAUGAAUUUGGGGCCUCAUAGACAACUAUUACAAAAGACUGCACACUGUCAUUGAUGCUAAAGGGGGCAAUACACAGUAUUAUGAACUAAGGGUAUGCAGACUUUUGAACAGGGGUCAUUUCAUUUUUUUCUUUGUUGCCAUGUUUUGUUUUAUGAUUGUGCCAUUCUGUUAUAACCUACAGUUGAAUAUGAAUCCCAUAAGAAUUAUAUAUUACCAAUUCUCCAAGGGUAUGCAAACUUUUGAGCACAACUGUAUUUCAUAAUUAUAUUGAAUGUUAUUGAUUAAACCACAUGUCCAGCACACAGGAUAUCUAAGUUAACAUAUUUUUUGUACUUACAACUGGUGAAAAUGUUGAAAUUGCAUUAAAAAUUACUGUCUAAACACUGCCAAUUCAGAGCCCGCUAAAUAAGCUGUAGGUGGGAUCUUCCCAGUUACAACCCAUUUAAUGGGGCGAAAAUAGAUGAUUAUUGGACAUCAUUUAAUUAAAGACAAGGCUCAACAAAUUUAUAACAUAUAAUAUAUAGAUGACUCUAUGAGUCCCCCUGAACAAUAUGCAACCUUCAGAACCUAAAAAUUCAACUGUCCAAGAAUAGCCUAAUUUUAUGAAUGGG